AUGCUUCAUAAGGAACAAGAACUAGUCAAUGAUUCCUCCUUGUCUGGAUUUUUCCUCCUGGAAUUCUCAGAAGUUCAGGAACUACAGAUUCUAUUUUUCAUUGGAUUCCUUGUCUUUUAUCUGGCAGCCAUUGCAGGAAACCUUCUCAUCAUCUCUGCAAUUGCAUUUGACCACCAUCUGCACACCCCCAUGUACUUCUUUCUCAUGAACUUGGCCAUGCAGGAUGUGGGACAAGUGUCCAUUGUUUUCCCCAAAGCCAUGGCCAAUUCCCUCAUGAACUGCCGAUACAUUUCCUAUGCUGGGUGUGUGGCUCAAGUCCUCUUUUUCAUCUUUUUAAUGUCCUCUGAUUUGUUUCUGCUCACUGUCAUGGCGUAUGAUCGGUAUGUGGCCAUUUGUGAUCCACUGCACUAUGAGAUGCUGAUGAAUAAGCAGUCCUGCAUCCAAAUGGUUUCUGCUGUAUGGGUCAGCAGCUUCUUCUAUGGGGUGCUGCACACUGGAGGCACCUUUGCAACCCCCUUUUGCUCCAAUGACAUCAAUCAGUUUUUCUGCGAAAUCCCAGCCUUGCUGAAGCUUGCCUGCUCUGACUUCCAUUUAGCUGAAGUAUGGGUUCUCCUUGCAAGUUCCAGCAUUGGGUUAGGCUGCUUUAUUUUCAUAGUUGUGACCUAUGUGUACAUCUUCACUGCAGUGCUGAGAAUCCCCUCAGUGCAGGGACGCCAAAAGGCUUUCUCAACCUGCCUCCCACACCUCGGAGUUUUCUCCCUAUAUGCAUUCAGUGUAUAUUUUGCUUACCUCAAGCCCACCUCAGACUCUGCUUCAUUUCUGGAUUUAGCAUUUACAAUGAUAUAUUCCAUGGUCCCCCCAUUGAUGAACCCAGUAAUCUACAGCAUGAGAAACAAGGAGAUGAAACAUGCUCUGGCCAAGCAGUUGUGCUUGAGGCACUGCUUUAGACCCAACUUCUCUGUUCUUGUUCUGCAAAGAUGA